CAACCAUUUUGCCAUCGAGCCGCCGCUGAUUGUUCGUCGGAGCUUUGUCUUUCUCUUCUCGUUCCGUCGGAGCUCCGGCUCCUCUCGGGCUCGAGAGAAGAGAGAACCCUAGAGAUUUGUGCUCUUAGAUCUUGAUCUUCGAGUUCUUGAGCUUCAGGUUUUUGAGCGUUGAUGAUGGCUGCUUCUACUCAAUUUGUUCCCCGAGCUUAUUCAGCCGGGUUAGUGAAAGAUUCGCCGACAUUUCUUGGGUUUUCAAGGAGUUCUUGGAAUGAAUAUGGAUUUGAGGCUUCUGUGAAGUUUAUAAGUAAGAAAAAGGAGGAUAAAUGGGGGAAUAUGAGGGGUUUGAAGGUGCGCUGCGAGACGGGGGUGGCGGCCGUGGUGGAGAAGAAUGAAAAAAAUGAGUUGAAGAGGGAACUUGAUGAUAAUGCCAAGCAGUUUAGCAUUGUAAUGAAGUUCGGUGGGUCCUCAGUUGCUUCAGCUGAGAGGAUGAAGGAAGUUGCAAACCUUAUUCUUAGCUUCCCUGAGGAGAUGCCGGUGAUUGUUCUCUCCGCGAUGGGGAAGACUACUAACAAGCUUUUGCUGGCCGGAGAAAAAGCGGUUUGUUGUGGUGUAUCUAAUGUAUCUGAUCUAGAAGAGUUGAGCUUCAUCAAGGAGUUACAUCUGAAGACUAUUGAGGAACUUGGAAUUGACAAAUCUGUUUUAUCUGGUUUGUUGGAUCAGCUGGAGCAGCUUCUAAAAGGCAUUGCCAUGAUGAAGGAGCUGACCCUUCGUACAAGAGAUUAUUUAGUUUCUUUUGGAGAGAGUAUGUCCACAAGAAUUUUCACGGCAUAUUUGAACAAAAUUGGUGCCAAAGCACGGCAGUAUGAUGCAUUUGAUAUUGGUUUUAUAACAACAGACGAUUUCACAAAUGCGGAUAUCUUGGAAGCAACUUACCCUGCUGUUGCAAAGAGGUUGUAUAGUGAUUGGAAUAAUGAUCCUGCGAUUCCUGUUGUCACAGGCUUUCUUGGAAAGGGAUGGAAGUCCUGUGCUGUGACUACCUUAGGUAGAGGUGGGAGUGACUUGACAGCAACAACUAUCGGUAAAGCUUUAGGAUUACGUGAGAUACAGGUUUGGAAGGAUGUUGAUGGUGUUUUAACAUGCGACCCUAAUAUUUAUCCAAAAGCACAGCCUGUACCGCAUUUAACUUUUGAGGAGGCAGCAGAACUUGCAUAUUUUGGUGCUCAGGUACUGCAUCCUCAAUCAAUGCGACCUGCUAGAGAAAGUGAUAUACCUGUUAGGGUGAAAAACUCAUACAACCCUCGAGCUCCUGGUACCCUUAUUACCAAAGAAAGGGAUAUGACUGAGGCUGUCCUAACCAGCAUAGUUUUGAAAUCCAAUAUCACAAUGUUGGACAUUGUGAGCACUAGGAUGCUUGGCCAAUAUGGUUUCUUAGCAAAGGUCUUUUCUACUUUUGAAGACCUGGGCAUCUCUGUUGAUUGUGUAGCCACCAGUGAAGUCAGCAUAUCUUUGACAUUAGACCCAUCUAAACUUUGGAGCAGAGAAUUAAUUCAACAGGAACUCGAUCAUGUUGUGGAAGAACUAGAAAAAAUAGCAGUUGUACGGCUCCUUCAGAACAUAUCAAUAAUCUCGCUCAUCGGAAAUGUGCAACGCUCUUCUUCAAUACUUGAAAAAGCAUUCAAUGUUCUCCGUAAGAAUGGGGUUAAUGUCCAAAUGAUCUCUCAAGGGGCGUCAAAGCAGGUUAACAUAUCGCUGGUGGUUCAUGAUAGAGAGGCAAAGCAAUGCGUUAGGGCACUCCAUUCGGCUUUCUUUGAGACUGAAGUUGAGACAGAUCCCCAGAAUGGUGUUGCCGCUGUGCGUCCCACCACUGUAAACGGAUGUGGUGGUGAACAUGUACUGUAGUUUUAGAGAUAAAAGUGUAUUAUUAUUAUUCAUCCAUGUUUUUAGCUUUUCUAGUACCUCAUCUGCUGCCGGCUUGAAGAAGAGCUGGGCCAUGUUCCCGUCUUGGGGAGAUUGCAUGCAUACACACAAUGAACGUAGGCCGUCAAAUAUGUAGAAAGCGGGUGGGCACAGUUAUGUUACUGAUUGGGAGAUGGCGGUGGCUGUUUGCAUGUGACAUUUAUCUUGCGGCUACGUGUUUACUUACCAGUUCCAACUGUAUUACCGUGAUGGUUAUUAUUUGAUAAUUUACUGGUUAUUUAGAGAAUGUUUAAAUAAAAUUAAAUAAGAAAUAUAUAUACUAGAUUUGGG